AUGUGCCAAGCAGUUCGGGCGCUGGUAGCACCGCCCAUGAUCAUCACACACUACUCGAUGGCUACGCCGUAUGCCCCACCGUCCCCCCCUCCGCCAGCUCCUCGCGACCUCACUCCGCUCAUGGUGGCCGUCCUCGCUGGCAACCAAGCUGCUGUCGACCGACUUCUCGUGGACCCCGCCGUCGACGUGAACGAAGCAGACGAGGAAGGCAAUACGGCGAUCUUUCUCGCAUGUGGGGCAAGACGAGAGGCGAUUGUGCUGCGGUUCCUGGCACAUCCACGGCUCGAUCUCGACCACACGAAUCUCGAACUCGCGACCGUGUUUCACGUGGCAUGUCUCCAUGGCCUCGUCGAAGCUGUUCGGCGCCUGGCGGACCACCCCAACGUGUUUGUGAACCAGGGAAACUGUGUGGGAAACACCGGGUUCAUCAUCGCAGCCGCACAUAACUACAUCCCGAUCGUGCAGUUCCUGCUCGACCACAACUCGCUGGAUGCGAAUCAAGGCGACGAUAAUGGGCUGACGGCGCUUAUGGCUGCAUGCGCGCGCGGCCACCUUGACCUUGUGCGGCUCAUGGUGGCACAUCCUGGUAUUGACGUGACUUGCCGAGACCAGCGCCACCUGACUGCGCUAGACAUGGCCCGAGCGAACGGCCAUCGUGCCAUCGUGGACCUCCUCAUGAUAGCCAUCUCCUAA